GUCUUUGUAUGUCUAGCAUUUUUGGCCGGAGCGUCUGGACAAACAAACAGAAAAAGGGGGGCUUUUCCUCCGGGGCCGGCGCCGCCGCCGCCGCCGUCUGAAGCUCUAAACCCUCUCCGCCGCGGCAGGGCCAAGUUUCAAAGGCAGACUUUGAUCAAGAUGGCCUCGCAGAACACCGGGUCGGGAUCGUCAACCUCUUUGGGCAGUCUAUUUGAUUCAGACGAUGAAGAAAACAGUGCCCCUUCACUGCCCACAACAGAAGCUGACCGAGAUACCGAGGAGCCAGAUUCUUUCUGGAAAAAGAGGUCAUAUUUGCUGACCAAAAUGAGCUUCUCGAAGCAAGAGGUCGAUUUGGCAGUCAGAGAGUUGGGCGAGGGAGCAUCAAUUGAUCAGCUUGUGAACUGGAUUGUGACCGCUCAAGAAGCUAAAACUGAGGGAAAUGCUGAAUUUCUGCCUGCGCAAAUGGAUAAACCGCAUUCUUUGCUCCAGAUGGGGUUUACUCAACAAGAAGUCUCAUUUGCUAUUGAAGCUUUUGGUCAAGAAGCCAAAGUUGAGGAGCUCGCUGACGCAAUUCUGGCAAGGCGAAUUGCAAAUAACAUUGAACAGAAAGAAGAAACUGCUGAAUUGCUGCCUGAGGUAAUGGAUAAACCACUUUCUUUGCUCAAGAUGGGUUUCAAUAAAGAAGAGGUCUCAGCUGUGAUUGCUAUUUUCGGUGAGGAAGCAACAGUCGAGGAGUUGGCUGACUCGAUAUUUGCAAGACGCUUCUCAAAUACCACUGAGCAGAAAAAGGUGAAGAUAGAGUCUGAAUUUCCGGACGAGACAGAAACUGGGUAUUCAACAUCGAGAUUGAGGUUCUAUGAUGAUGAGGAUGAUGCCAACAUCAGAUGUAAAAAGGCCAAGCAUGCAUUUGGAGAUGACAGAAGGGCGUCAAGCAGUCAGAAUGUUAAUCAAUCUAGCCGCACUCCAUGGUUAAGUCGUUGUUCUGGGUCAAUUGCUAAUGGUUCUCUGAAGGAUGAAGAUGUUGAAAGGACAUCAAGCCCUGGUAGAAAUAUCCACGGUGACCUUGUCAAACCUCCCUUCUUCAUCUAUGCAAGUCUGGUUGACAUCACCAAAGAAACUUGGAAUACCUUAUCGAGUUUCUUAUUCAAUGUUCAACCGGAGUAUCUAAACAGUCAGUCCUUCUCAGCUCUAACGCGAAGGGAGGGUUACAUUCAUAACCUUCCAACGGAGGGAAGGCAUGUUGCUGUUCCAAGUUCACCAAUGACGAUCAGAGAUGCAUUACCUUUGACAAGGCAGUUCUGUCCCUCCUGGGACACGAGAAAACGGAUUGAUGGUGUUGGCUUAGAUGUGGCAGGAACUGAACAGAUUCGUGCGAAGCUGGAGAAGGCAAUGAGAGAUUCACGAGGAAUUCUUUCAGAAGUGAAGCAAGCACAGAUUGUCCAACAAUGCAAGACGGCGAAUCUUGUCUGGAUCGGUCAAGGCAAGUUAGGCCCUCUGCAGCCACACCAGAUGGAAGCGAUACUAGGCUAUCCAGCUAACCACACAGAUCUGCCGGGCAUAGACCCACACGACAAGGUUGCUUCUUUGAGGUAUGCCUUGCAGACAGACACCAUGGCAUACAUUUUGUCGGUCCUAAAGGACCGGUAUCCUGAUGGGCUGAGGGUCCUCUCUAUUUUCAGUGGAGUUGGGGGUGCAGAAGUUGCUCUACACCGUCUUGGCAUCCCGCUGAGAUGCGUGGUGUCCGUAGAGGAGUCUGUGGUGAACCGUAGAGUUCUAAAGAGGUGGUGGGGGGAAACCCAGCAGAAUGGAAAGCUGAGACAACUGGAUAGGAUCCAGAAGCUAGAUACUAAGGAGUUUGAGGCCCUGAUGAAAGAGUUUGGUGGUUUUGACCUGAUUGUUGGCGGAAAUUAUGGUCUGUACAGAGGCGCAGCGAUGACAGUGGGCACAGCCAUGGGUAUGGACACCAGUCGGUUCUUUGAGUAUGUCCGCAUUGUCCAGAUGGUGAGAAGAAAAAUGCAAGGAAUUGCCUGACACACAAAGAUUUGUCCUUGUUCGUUCUCCCGUGGAUGUGGAUCAUCAAGGGCUGGUAGGAACACCUUCACAAAAAUUCUUCUUCUUUGUCUUGCUGUAGCAUGUAUUGUCUGCAACGGGACCUCAUCCUUGCACCAUAGAAAGAAAGCAGCAUAGCAUGUGGGUGAGCCGCCCAGGCAACCAUUAGACAGGAGCAGAUUUGUUUUUGACUUCUUGUUUGGUUUAUAAUGGAACAGCUAGCUGGUCCAAGAUCAGAGUACAGAGGCUGUAUUUGCUUUCCAUGAGAUUCAGUUCAGUUCCUCACUGCAUCGUUGAUUUCUGUGACAGAAACCAAUCAACAAAACUAAUUUGUAAUGUGAGGCAGCAGCCAUUUUUUGUUCGAGUAGAGAGCACAGAUUCAGUUCAGUUCCAAAUUAGGAAGCAUGUGUUGUUGCAUCCUGGCUGUAAUCAUGGGGGGAUUCGGUUGUAGAGUGCAGAGAGGAGUCUUCCUGAUUCUGACCUAGAUGAAGGUGAGGUGGAUGGUGUAAUGUAUCAAGUGAUGAGUUUCUUGCGCUCCUCGAGAUUUUGACUGAAGACGAGUCUAGUGGCCGGCAAAGACAAAAGCCCUAUUGAAUGUCCAGCAAAUGGUCUUCGAUCAUGCUGUCGAGAUUUCAUAACGACAAUGUUGUUGUAUGUAUGUAUGUAGUUUUUUUCUUUCUGGCAAUGUUGUUGAGCUUGUGAGCUAUGGCAAAGCUGAUCAAGCAACGGCA